GACUGAGUCUAAUUUUGAAUCUUGUUCCACAUAAAGUUAAUCUGUGAAGAGGUUGGUGUUAAUUAAACUAUUUUAUAAAAUUAUUUCGUUAAUAACAAAAGUUUUUGAAGUGCGAUUCCCUAUCCUUUUAUCCCAAGAUUUUCCUCGUGUUCAGGGCUCGUGUUAUCCAGGGAUCCAGUUUCAACGGGUAAUUGAAAAUAAAAAUACUUGGUGAUAAUCAUCUAUAGCAGUAGGAGCUUGUAACAUCAAAUAUCAAGUAUAUAAUUUCACCGAGUUGAUAGAAACAACAGGAUUUUUUUGAAGAUAUUGGGGUGAGAUACUAUCCUAAACAUUUGUCAUGCGUUCGUAUUGGGUAAUCCAUUGUUUUGAAACAACACACAACAUAAUGUAUUUAAUGAAGAUCAUUGGAUGGAUCAUAAUUCUGGUUUCUGUUGGAGAUACAACACUUUACACGACACACGUAUCGAAACGAUUCACUGGAUUGUACACUGGACCAUAUUUUGAUACAAACACAAGUACGAAUGUUACUACACAAUUAGGUACGCACGCUUAUCUACCAUGCAAAGUGAAACAAUUGGGAAACAAAUCAGUUUCAUGGAUACGAAGACGUGAUGCUCAUAUUUUAACCGUAGAUAGAUAUACAUUUAUUGCUGAUGGUAGAUUUCAGGCUUUUUUGGUUGAAGGUUCAGAUACAUGGACACUACAAGUGAAGUACGUUCAAGAACGAGAUGCUGGUGAAUAUGAAUGUCAAGUUAGCACUGAGCCUAAAAUGAGUCAUUUUAUUACUCUUAAUGUCGUAGUUCCGAAAAUUGAAAUUCUUGGUGAAUCAGAUAUUUAUGUAAAAACUGGUAGUCCAGUUACAAUCAAAUGUGUUAUAACGCAAUCAUUAGAAGAACCUGCUUACAUAUUUUGGUAUCACGACAAUGAACGUGUAUUAAAUUACGAUCCCAGCGCUCUUGAUAUUCGUGUGGAACGUACUGGUCCAGGCACAACGGUAGGAACCUUGGUUAUCAACAGCGUUCGCACAGAAGAUUCGGGCAAUUAUUCUUGUAAUCCAUCAAACUUAGAUUCAGCUAGUGUACUCUUACAUGUUUUGAAUGGUGAACAUCCUGCUGCAAUGCAAAGAGGCAAAAAUUCAGCAUCUCCAAUACCAGGUCGUUGGUGGUCACAUUUUUCAGCGGGUUUGGGUUUAGCUGCAUGUACACCACCACGAGUUGUAGUCAGCAGUAUGAUAAUGAUAGCAUUUAUUGGCCAAAUUUUAACUGUCCGACAGUUAAUAAUUUCAUAACAAUGAAUGCCCUUUUAUAAUAAGUUUAAAUUUAGCUAAGUGUUAUGAUUAUAUAACCAACUGAAUAAAAAAAAAAUUAAUUAAACAAACAAUUUUAUU